ACAAUUUGCUCAACCGGAUGCCACCGGAGAUUGCGGAAGGACCCUCGCCCGCACGCGACAGGACCACAGAGUCCAGUAUCGCACCCCAGCAUGCUGCCUUAGUCCUUACCGGGUCCCACGCUCCAGAGUCCAACGUGGACUUCAACACGCGCGUUCAACGGUUGAGAACCAUUAUCAAUCCCUCCGCCAGGCAGCGCCUGGAAGAUUUCGAGAGCAUGUCAAGACGCAGGAGAGGCUCCACUGCAGAGCGUCCAUUAGAAAUGUCACGCCAUAGGUCUCAGUGAUUUGAUUUUUCCUUCAAACAACAGAACACAUCUCUCAAGCAGGGAAGAGCGUUCUGUCUUCCGCAGCGAGCCUGGGAUCAUAAAUCCCGAGGAUCCUAACACUAUGAUUGGGCGGCAAGUUGCAGCACGUACUGCCUUAGACAGUCAGAGUGCCACUGCCCCUCAGCUCGAACAACGACUUCAAGAUCAGACUUCCGUCAUUGCGCGGGAUUUAGCAACCUUGAGUACUAGGCUUGUCAUGCGGGGCGUUCGCCGCAUAGAAGUUGCUCAGCAAGCGGAGUCUGAGAGACCAAGCCUGAACGAUAGAUCCGGUUUACAGGGACAAGGGGUGUUUCCGACCCCUUCGGGGACUGAGAUGGACUGGGAACCCACCAUACCACAAUCAAACGAUGAUCCACUCUUGGCUCUUGUGCUCGAUGUUGCGGCUGUGCCUGACUCAUCAACGCGUCCUUCUCAGUCGUCGAGUGAUGAACGGGGCCAAGGCCCCCAUAGCGUGUCAGAGAGACCAACGCCUCGUUUUAUGAAUGCUAGGCCAUGGCCUAGAGAAGUAACUGCGAACAAUGCAGAUGAGGCUUCGACGCCUUCAGGUGUCAGGCGUCGCAGGGGAAGAGCGCGUCUACUUAAUGCGGAUGGGGAUGAGGUUAUUUCGGAUGACGAUGAUGAUGAUGGAGUCGAGCGCAAUCACCGCUCGCAGCUGCGUUUGAUGUAUGCGCUACCAGAUGCCACUGUUUCAUCUACAUCACCUAGAUCCGAGGAAGACUACUCCCUGCUAUACACUUCCGCCUCCAUUAUGCAUCCUCUGGACGAUGAUCCGGGAGAGGCUAUACGCGUGCGUCUCAGCUCCCACCAGCAAUCCAAAGAACAUAUUUUUUCUCAUCGGUUAUCUUCACGUACGUACUCACAACAUGUUGACCCUUUGCCGGCGCCCCUUUCAGAGAUGCUUCGUCAUCCAACUGUUCCCACACAGGUCCCGCAGUUUAUUCCAGUGUCUAAACAUGCGAGUUUUGCGGGACGGUGACAAAUUUUUAUCGCUUUACCGUAGAUUUUUAUUCAUAUUUUGAUGCUCUCUUUCUAUGGCAACAUACAUACAUAUUCAUAUUUUGAUUUGUCACUGGAUGACUUCCCGUAGGCAAAAA